AUGCAAUCCAAUGUCGACGUCAUCCCGGAACACGCCAUCAAAGCUGUUAAUGCAGGUCAAAAGAUCGUUGUGGUCAUGCACUCCUAUGGUAGGAUCCCAUCAUGCGACCCUGUCGCAGGACUGUCGUAUAAAGAGCGCCAGGCCAAUGGUCUAUCUCGUGGUGUGGUGCAUCUUUUCUUCAUGGCCGCAUUCAUCAUACCUGCUGGCAAGACUUCAAUCGAAGCUUUAGGAGGUAACGAUCCCCCAUGGUGGGAUAUUUCGGAUGACAAGAUGGUGGUCAACCCGAUCGACCCAGGCAUAAUCUUCUACAAUGACAUGACUGAGGAGCAUGUCAGGAAAUGUAUCUCCGAACUAGAAAGGCACAGCUAUUAG